UCACGGUCUACACUGCUGUCUUAUGAUCGCGUGGUCAUAUAUGAAGCACUUUGAACUGCACUCACCUGUGUGAAAGGUGUGAUCUUCUCCGUUUAGUGUUUAGCAACACGGAGCUGCCGCCCCCUGCUGGGCAGAGCGCGACCACACAGCGGCGCCCGAAGGCUGCUCUCAGAUCAGUUUACAUCGAUGGCAGGAAGUGGGCGGGAUCAGCUCCGCUGACCAAUAACAGGCGGAGCUGGAGCGUUACCAAGGGAACGGCGUACAGAGCUGGGCGACGGUGGGAGGCGGCAGCAGCAGCCAGGCUAACAUGCUAACUAGCUAGUUAACGGAUAGUUGAAUCGCCAGCGGCUGUUAAAUAUUUAAAAUGAUCUUCCACGUUAAAAAUUUAAAGUUAAGGCCCGGCGUUUGAUUCGCGCCCUGCGGUCACCGCUUCACUGUCUGUCGGCGUUAGCCAGCUAGCAUGGCAGCAGCGGUGUCCGGCUAACGAGGCUAGCGCUAGCUGUCGGCGGAUAGAUUAGCACGCUAACCGUCACAGAAACUAACGUGUUAAUCUUAAUAUUAUCCGAUAAUAGUUACAAAACAUCCGCAGGCUCGGCGGGGAGAUGUAGCCGGUUAGCACCGAGCUAACGCAGCUGCCGGGUUUAACACGGAUCGUGUCUUCAACCGGGAUGGAUGUGAGUUAACAGCUGGACUGGGACGGUCUGACCCGGUUCGCGACCCGGGUCUGUGGUUCUCUGGACGGAGCUUGCGAGUCGAGCCGAGCCGAGCGGUUCUCCCCAGCAGCGGCCUGGUCCUCCCGGGCCGGGGGACGGCAGAGCUCCACGCCGCCGGUCAGGCCCGGACUCUGGGAUGAGAAGAGAUGCAGCGCAGCGGAGGGCCGAGCCACAUCCCGAGUCCCGUUAACUCUUGCUGAACAGGUGAACUGGCCCCCACACCUGGUUGCUUCAGGUCUAAGGAACCUCAGGAUGGAUGUGUGCAGUAAGAACCCGAACCGCACGGCGCCGGUCGGCGAGGACGGCCCGCACCGAGCCGACGUGCCGCUCUGCUCUCGGACCAACGGCUGGAGCUGGCCCCCGCACCCCUUCCAGCUGCUGGCCUGGCUGCUCUACGUGUACUUCGCCGUGACUGGCUUCGGCGUGUUCGUGCCCCUGCUGCCGGCUCACUGGAUCCCGGCAGGCUACAUCUGUACGGGCAUCAUGUUCAUCUGUCACCUGUGUGUCCACGUGAUGGCCGUGUCCAUCGACCCGGCCGACUACAACGUCCGGACAAAGAGCGACAAAGGUCCGGUCCCCGUGUUCGACCGCUCCAAACACGCCCACGUCAUCGAGAACUGCCACUGCUACCUCUGCCAGGUGGACGUGGGUCCAAAGUCAAAGCACUGCAGUGCCUGUAACAAGUGUGUUGCCAACUUCGACCAUCACUGUCGGUGGCUCAACAACUGUGUGGGGAGCAGAAACUACAAGUUGUUCCUCCACAGCGUGGUCUCGGCUCUCUUGGGUGUCUGUCUGGUUCUGGUCGUUUCCUCUUACGUCUUCAUUGAGUUCUUUUUGGACCCGUCCAAACUCCGCACUGACAAACACUUCCUGGUGAGGAACGAGACAGCCCUGUGGUUCGUCUUCCUGCCGGUGGCUCCCGUCAGGUCAGCAGCGGCAGUGAUUCCUGGUCUGGCUGCCGUCACCAUCGCUCUGGGUCUGCUGUCAUCGGUGCUGCUCUGCCACCUGCUCUGCUUCCACAUCUACCUGAUGUGGAACAGACUCAGUACCUAUGAGUAUAUUGUGCGGCAGCGUCACCGUCAGGACAGCAGAGACUCGAGGAAACCAGGAUCAGUGAAGGAGACGGCAGCUCCAUCAGUCAACCUCAUCAAGGACGUGAACUACUCAGGGACUCUGGGUUACACCAACCCUCAGCUGGACAUGGAGGAACCUACCACUGUGCCAGUGCGGGGGGAGGCAGAGUUCCUGGCUAACGGCAGAGUGAGGACUGUGUCCAGUCCUGUCAUGGAGGAAGAAGCUCCGCCCACCGUGUCUACAGAGCUGAAAGCAGCAGCACACACACACCGACGCACACAGAAAAAGAAGAAGGUCCGUAAAGUUCCAGCAGAGGUGACCAGAGAGCGCUGCCCGAGUUCAGCCCCGCCCCCCGAGUUCAGCAGUGUGUCCGCUGUGUCCCUGGGUCAGCGACUUCCUUUCCCAGCAUUCCCUCUGAAGGCCUCCCUGCCCCCCCUGGCCCCCACCUCGGGCCCCGUGCAGGCAGCCGCCCCUCCUGCUGAGUACCACUCGGACUCUGCAGAGUCUAUGGAGGAGAUCCCGGUGGUGUUGGCCAAACUGGGCUCUUCGUCCUCUGCUGCUGCUGCUGCUGGAGACGCCUCCACGUCUUCACACAGAGUCGUCCCAGCGUUCCCCCUGCCCUCCCCUCAGCCCCGGACUAAGAGGAAGGCCUCCUCCCGCGCAAGUAAAAGCGCAGCAGAGCUGAGGUUUGAGAUGGCCUCCACCCAUCCCCCGACGGUGUUCGUAAGCCGAGCCAGCGGGGAGGCCGCUGAGCCCCGGGAGGGAGGCCUCAGUCUGGGCAGGAGGCAGACCAGCUCCAGGCCCGUCUCCAGGCCCGGAUCCAGACCGGCGUCUCGGGCGUCGCUGGGCUCAGGUGCAGCCUCCUGGAUGGAGCUAUAACCUGAGCAGACUAUGUUCUGGAACAAUCUCUUCUAUCUUUCUACAAUCACCUGUGCUCUCUGUAGCCACGCACAACAAUCUUUAUUUUAUUUUAAAAAGUUGUUUUGUAUCUCUGUGACUAUUUAUUGGUUUUCACAAUGACUUGACUUUUUAAUUUUGAAUGCCAAAGGUGCGAUCCUGUCUGUGCACAAUCUUUAUAAAUGAAGGAAAACUUUGA